CCUUCUCCUUUAGAAAUCCCCGGCUGGACUUCCAGAGCACCUGUCCUGUUCUUUGUGAGUCUUGAGUUGGAAGUUAGCAACACUCUCAAAGGCCUGAAAGGGAAAGAAACGGUGCCUUGGGCCUGUUGAGAUCCAAUUCUGGUCGAAUGAAGCCUUCCCUUGUAUUUCAUGCUGCAGAGAGAACUUUAAGAAAAGAAGAAUUUCCUGUGACUUCUGUCUCCCAUCCAUAAAAUACUCAUUCCUCCUUCAACUGACGGAGAACCUGGAAACAUCCUAUGGCCAGACCCAUGAAAGAGCCAACUCUGCCUGCAGUUGAACACAAAGACCUGGAGGAGACUCCCACAUCCUUCGGGGAGAAGAAAGGAGGCGGCGAAGCAGAUUAAAGGAACUUGUGGCUUGUGGCCUUUUUGUACCCGGGCUGCCUGCAAGGGGGAAAGUGAAUUAAAGCCACAGUGGCGGUUAAUGAGCUGUGAGAUGAGGCGCUGCUGCUGCUGACACUCAGGUUCCAGGGUCCGUCCGCUGCCCUUUGUGCUUCGUGUACAUGUGUCUAUUCAGCGCAUCCGGAGGCGCCCAGAAGAGAAUCCAACACGGCCGCCGGGGAGAGACCACCCACCAUGCCCACGGAGACCCUACAGACAGGUAGCAUGGUGAAACCGGUCAGCCCCGCCGGCACCUUCACCUCGGCGGUGCCCCUGCGCAUCCUCAACAAAGGGCCCGACUACUUUCGCAGGCAGGCCGAGCCCAACCCCAAAAGACUCAGCGCCGUGGAGAGGCUGGAAGCCGAUAAGGCCAAGUAUGUCAAGAGUCAGGAGGUCAUCAACGCCAAGCAGGAGCCCGUGAAGCCGGCCGUGCUGGCCAAGCCCCCGGUGUGCCCCGGCGCCAAGCGCGCGCUGGGCAGCCCCACGCUCAAGGUGUUCGGGCCGCACGCCAAGACCGAGAGCGGCGUGCAGAGGGAGACCCUGAAGCUCGAGAUCCUGAAGAACAUCAUCAACAGCUCGGAAGGCUCCAGCACAGGCUCGGGUCACAAGCACAGCUCCCGAAACUGGCCGCAGCACAGGCCGGACGCCACCGACCUGCACCGGCACUCCUUCGCCGAGUCCCUGAAGGUCUACCCGACGCAGGGCCGCGGCAGCCCGCAGGAGAGCGGCUCCCACGUGGGCAGGAGGCUGCUGGAGCAGACGGCCGAGUCCUUCCUGCACGUCUCCCACAGCUCCUCGGACAUCCGCAAAGUGACCAGUGUGAAGCCCUUAAAAGCGAUCCCCUGCAGUAGCUCCGCCCCUCCCCUGCCUCCCAAACCCAAGGUCGCAGCCAUCGCCACCAUGAAGUCCCCCGAAGCCGACCCUGUGGAACCUGCUUGUGGAGUCAGCCGAAGACCCUCCCUCCAGCGGUCAAAGUCAGACUUGAGUGACAGGUAUUUCCGAGUGGACGCAGACGUGGAGCGGUUCUUCAACUACUGCGGACUGGACCCGGAAGAGCUGGAAAACCUUGGAAUGGAAAACUUUGCAAGGGCUAAUUCUGACAUAAUAUCCCUCAAUUUCCGCAGCGCAAGCAUGAUCAGCUCGGACUGUGAACAGUCUCAGGACAGUAACAGUGACCUUAGAAAUGAUGACAGUGCCAAUGACCGGGUGCCAUAUGGCAUUUCUGCGAUCGAAAGAAAUGCUAGGAUCAUCAAGUGGUUAUAUAGCAUCAAACAAGCUAGAGAGUCACAGAAGGUCUCCCACGUGUAAGAGAACGUGUGUGCAAAGGAGGGAGGGGUGGGUCUCUGUCUGUGCAUCCGCAGUUGUGAAGGUUGUGAGGUCUCCUUGAAGUGUUGUGAGCUUCUCUACUCUCUUUGUGUUGCUUGUUGUGCAAUGUUUUCAAGUUGCAUGCCUGUCAACAUGGGGACUGACCUGGCUUCCACGUCAACCAUCGCUGCAGAGCCUGGCUGAACACACGUCAUCUGCCAAAAGUUUCAGGCCAGAAUCUGAUUAGGGCUUUGAUCUUAAGCAAAACUGUUUACAGGAAAACGGUAUACAACUUCUUCAAUAUUUAUGUGGUUCUUGUGUUUUUAUACCCCGCGCUAUUGUGUCUUAAUUAAAAGUUUUAUCGACUGGCUUUUAAGUUAAGAGUAGAAUCUUUUUGAAAUAAAAAGCCAAUUUGCCUACGUGUGAGACCGAAAUAAUGGGAAAAUAAAUGGGAACUGCUACCAAACAGAGGGACUGAUCUAAGAUAGAAGCACGCUGGGUUUCUAAGGAAGAAAGUGGUGAGCCUGAUUCGAAUCAGUUACAUAUUGAAAUCCUCUUGCCACUUACUAAAGUGAUGGUUGGGGCGACAGUGCUAGUUUCUGUGUCCUAGUCAGUGUGUAAAAGGUGGUGGUCCUGUGUAAUACCCCAAGAAAAGACAAUCAGAUACAAUGAAGGUGAUGAAAUCUAGGAGGUCGAAUGGGGUUUUGUCGAUAUUUUUCUGAGGGUUGAUUCAGAAAUUUCUACUACUAAAUAUUUUGUCCGGAAUGGCCACCCAAGAGCUGUUACUCGAUGUCUUAAAAUGUUGGAGUUUGAUUUUGGGGUCAAGAACUAAUUCCACGCUGAUUCUCUUCCCUCCCUCCAAACCUCCCUCUGUUGUUGUUGUAUUUGGGAGAGCAGAGUGGGGCUUGUGCAGGUUCGAGCUAUCUGAAGACAUGAACACAAAUGGAAAUACCAGCCAUAUCAAUAUAGAGCCUCCUAUUCAGAAGUGAACACCUUCAGUAACUGAACCAUGUCUGAGCAGUGUGACUGUGUUGUCUUGCAUAUGUUAUUCUCUCGAGCUGCGGACCUUUGUCACAGCUCUAGGAAACUGUAGAAACACGACACUAUGUAGCUUCCCCCUCCCCCAUGGUCUCUAGUGCUACAUAUCAAUUUAUUCCCCUUUUCCCCAAUAACCUGUCUUCCAGUUAGCUGUCAACCAGCUGACGGUUGUGGCGUGGUAGCAGAGAGACACACACGCAGUGGUCUGCUUCAUUGCUCGUAGUCAUGCUCUGAAGUUCAGGGGCACCACCUUAAACUUCAUCAGCUACCAGGAAACUUUUUAUGGUGUAAAUGCUGUAAGACUUUGUACAUACUUCAGUUGUUAUGAAAUCUUGAAGAAAAAAAGAAAAAGUUACACUAAUAAAUAGCUCUGGUGCAGGCACUAA